AUGGGUAUGAACAAGGCGCAUUUGGCCGCUCCGGCAUUGUUUCUAGCCAACCUGCUCCUUCUCCAACUCCUCCCAAUAGUUGUGUCCGUCCCGAUCACAGCUUCAUCCAAAACAUCAAAACUGGACACUUGGAUUGAGAAAAACAUGAAAGAGUACAAAUUAACCUCCUCUCUAGGCCAGGCCCUCAUCCAGUCCGACGACAAUUCCGACGACAACAAGGUGAUCAAGGUAAGAAAAGACGGUUCUGGAGACUUCAGCACUAUAUUUGACGCUGUGGAGAGCGUCCCAUCAGGAAAUACAGAUCGAGUGAUUAUAUGGAUUGGUGGUGGUACGUAUACGGAGAUGGUAAAAAUUGACAAGUCGAAGCCGUUCAUCACGUUUUAUGGGGAAGAGGGCGACACGCCCAAGAUAUCGUUCGACGGUACCGCCCAGGAAUACGGGACAUGGGAUUGCGCCACGGUGGCCGUGAAUUCAGACAACUUCAUGGCCGUCAAUAUUGAAUUUGUGAAUUCAAACCCAGCUCCAGAUCCGCGAAGGAAUGAUCAACAGGCGGUUGCAUUGAGGAUAUCAGGGGACAUGGCAGCAUUCUACAAUUGUAGGUUCAUAGGGUACCAAGACACUUUAUGCGAUGACGUGGGCAAGCAUUACUUUAAAAACUGCUACAUCCAAGGCACUGUUGAUUUCAUCUUUGGAAAUGGGAGAUCCCUCUACUCGGACACCACAAUAAAUUCGGUUGCAAAGGGUUUGGGCACGAUCACAGCACAAGGAAGGAACAGCAAUGACGAUGACAGUGGAUUCUCAUUCGUCCAUUGCAAGAUAACCGGCACCGGAGAUACAUACCUUGGCCGCGCAUGGAGGCAGAUGCCCAGGGUGGUGUUUGCUUAUACAGAGAUGGGUAGUCUCAUCGACAAGGAAGGGUGGUCUGAUAGUACUGCAACCAGUCAGUCCAAAGAUGGCAUGUAUUAUGGAGAGUACCAGUGCACUGGACCAGGGGCAAGUUCUUCCGGCCGUGUCAAAUAUGCAAAGAUUCUUUCUGAUGAAGAAGCACAACCCUUCUUGAGCACGAGUUUCAUCCAAGGAAGCGAGUGGCUUCAAAACCCUCCCAGUCUCUGA